UGUGUUUUGUUGAAUUGUGAUAUUUUGUGUUGCUGUAGGCUGCGUUGUGUGUUGCGCUACAUUCUUUGUGUUGCACGACAUUCUUUGUGUCGUGCAGCGUUCUGAAAUGUCGAAAGAAAGGAUUCCGCAAUAGCAAAAGCACGCAAGUUAGGACAACUGCUUGUGCAAGUAAUCUGAUGACAUCUCGUGUCAGGAUUUGCAUCCAUUGAUUUUUGGCGUCACAUUUUAAGGCUUUGCCAUAGGUCAUCCAUCGACCGCUGUGCAAGCUGACAUUUCAGCCUGUUGUAUCAUCAACAUGGAAGUCUCAACGGGGGACGCCGCAUCAAUUUGAAGCAUAGAAGAAGACACAUGCGGUGACGUCACGAGAGGUGGGGUGUCUCGGAUGGUAAGGGGUCCUGGACUGGGUGUAGUUUGUGUCUCAGUGGAGGCUUGGACGCUGUGACUUGAGAACCCCGCCAUCACGGUUCCCCCAUACAAGAGCGAGUGCAUGUGAGUGUGCGCCUUCCCCCUCUCCCCAAGAGUCAGUCAUGUCGGACCCCAGGGACAUCGAUGAGGACGCCAUCCUCAAGGGCCUAAGUCCCGAAGAGCUCGACCAGCUGGAUUAUGAACUCCAGGAGAUGGACCCCGAGAAUGCCUUACUGCCAGCUGGUAUGCGACAGCGUGACCAGACAAAGAAAAACCCCACAGGACCUUACGACCGUGACGCUCUGAUGCAGCACCUGGAGAAGGUGGCCAUGGAGGAACCAGACCAGGAGGAGCUGGUGCCUUUCACUGGGGAGAAGAAAGGAAAAGCUUUUGUGGCCAAAAAGGCAGCCGAGAUUCCAGCGCACGAGCAGGUCAUCUUGGAACCCGAGCUGGAGGAAGCUCUCAGGAACGCCACCGACGCCGAAAUGUGCGACAUUGCGGCCAUCUUGGGAAUGUACACGCUGAUGAGCAACAAGCAGUACUACGACGCUCUGGGCACCACCGGAACUAUCGCCAACACCGAGGGCAUCAACAGCGUGGUGAAAGAAGACCCCUUCAAGAUCUUCCCCGACGAGCCGCCCAACCCCACCAACGUGGAGGAGACCCUGGAGAGGAUCCACAAUAACGACAGCGGCCUGACCCAAGUCAACUUUAAUAACAUCAAGGACAUUCCCAUACCGACACUGAAGGAGAUCUUCGAGGCCAUGAAGGGAAACUCUCACGUGGAGGUUCUGAGCAUCGCCGCCACUCGUAGCAACGACCCCGUGGCCUACGCAUGUGCGGAGAUGCUGCAGGAGAACACCAGCUUGCAGAGUCUUAACAUCGAGUCCAAUUUCAUCACCUCCGACGGCAUGAAGGCCGUCAUUAAGGCUAUGGCCAGUAACGCCACGCUGGUGGAGCUCAAGAUCGACAACCAGCGACAGAAACUCGGCGACUCGGUUGAGAUGGAGAUCGCCGCCAUGCUGGAGAACAACUCCAGCAUCCUCAAGUUCGGCUACCAUUUCACGCAGCAAGGCCCGCGCGCCCGCGCCGCCAUGGCCAUCACGCGAAACAACGACAUGCUCCGGCAGCAGAGGCUGAGAUGAAGGGUGGAAGAAGUCGUCCCUUGUCACGCAGAACAUCUUGUUUUAGGACAGGUGACAUGAUUCAUCAUCUCAUUUGAAAGGGGAGGAGCGUCUGUAAAUACUUUCAAUAAAAUAUUUAUUCAAA